ACACACACACACACUGCUCUGGCCACAGUGCCAUCGUGUGGCGGAAUCAUUGAACUGCAUGUACGGUGGGACAUGCCCCCGCCCGGGACAUGUUAGUCCCGUGUCACGGUGACACAGGGAGUCCUCCUCAUAGUGAGUAAGCAGACUUUGACAGCUUACACGCGGUUUACAUCAGGUGUCCCGGUAGGAUGUUAAGACUGGCCCGGGGCCGGUCUGUGUCACAGAGUAGCUUAGCCCGCCUGCUGAGCAGAGCCGUUCUGGGAGCAGACGUUGUGCAGCAGCAGACCACAGAGAGACAAGUCAGGGGGUUCGGACACACACACCACCACCAACACCACUUCCACCUCCAGAACCCAGCGGGACGGGACAGAACCCUGCUCCCGGAGCAACAGUCGGCCGCCCGCUUCGGCUGCAGUCUAAGGAUGGCGUCCGGGACUCCUCCCCCUCCCCCUACCCCUCCAAAACACACCAACCGACUCUACGAGGAGAAGUCCCCCUAUCUCCUGCAGCACGCCCACAACCCCGUGGACUGGUACGCUUGGGGACAGGAGGCCUUCGACCGGGCCAAACAGGAAGACAAACCCAUCUUCCUGUCAGUGGGCUACUCGACCUGUCACUGGUGCCACGUGAUGGAGCGCAAGUCCUUUGAGGACGAGGAGAUCGGACGGCUGCUCAGUGAGAACUUUGUCUGCAUCAAAGUGGAUCGGGAGGAGAGGCCGGACGUGAAGGUCUACAUGACGUUCGUACAGGCUACCAGUGGCGGAGGUGGAUGGCCCAUGAGUGUGUGGCUGACCCCUGACCUUCGACCUUUCAUCGGGGGCACGUACUUCCCUCCCAGAGACGCCGGAAGGAGACCGGGACUCAAAACGGUCCUCACAAGAAUCAUGGAGCAGUGGCAGACCAACCGGACCACGCUAGAGUCCAGUGGCGAGUGCGUCAUGGAGGCCUUGAGGAAGGUCACCGCCAUCGCUGCGGCCCCCGGUGAGGCCCCGCCCCUGGCCCCGGACGUAGCCAAUCGCUGCUUCCAGCAGCUGGCCGACUCCUAUGAGGAGUAGUACGGGGGCUUCAGAGAUGCCCCCAAGUUCCCCACACCAGUGAACCUGAUGUUCCUGAUGUCGUACUGGGCCCAAAACCGCUCCACCACAGAGGGGGCCGAGGCCCUCCAGAUGACCCUGCACACCCUCCGCAUGAUGGCCCUGGGGGGCAUCCACGACCACGUGGCUCAGGGCUUCCACCGGUACUCGACAGACGCCUCCUGGCAUGUGCCGCACUUCGAGAAGAUGCUGUACGACCCGGCCCAGCUGGCCGUGGCCUACUUCACCGCCUUCCAGGUGUCGGGAGAGCAGUUCUUUGCGGAUGUGGCCAGGGAUAUACUGGUCUACGUCUCGAGAGACCUGAGUGACAAGUCCGGGGGAUUCUACAGCGCGGAGGACGCGGACUCUGUGCCGUCCGGCGGGGGGCCGGAGAAGCGGGAGGGGGCGUUCUGCGUGUGGACGGCGUCGGAGCUGCGGGAGCUGCUGGGCGAGGUGCUGCCGGGCGCCACGGGCCGGGCCAGCCUGGCCGACGUCGCCAUGCGCCACUACGGGGUCCGCGAGCAGGGCAACGUGGAGCCAGAGCAGGACCCCCACGGUGAGCUGCAGGGCCAGAACGUCCUCAUCGUGCGCUACUCCGUAGAGCUGACGGCCGCGCGCUUCGGCCUGAGCGUCGCCACGGUGACCGAGCUGCUGGCCUCCGCCAGGGCCAAGAUGGCGGCCGUGAGGAGCACCCGGCCCCGCCCACAUCUGGACACCAAGAUGCUGGCCUCGUGGAACGGCCUGAUGCUGUCGGGCUUUGCGUGCGUCGGCGCGGCGCUGGGCGACGAGGCCCUGCUGCAGCGGGCGGAGCGGGCCGCGCGCUUCCUGAAGGAGCACCUGUGGGACGCCGAGGGGCAGACCAUGCUGCGCUCCUGUUACCGCGGCGACCAGAUGGAGGUGGAGUCAACGUUCCCAUGCUUAAGGAGUGCUGGGUGUUGCUGCUGAGAAGAGGCAGAUGGGAUAGCAUCAGCAUCUCUCCCACUUGGUGUGUGUGUGUGUGUGUGUGUGUGUGUGUGUGUGUGUGUGUGUGUGUGUGUGUGUGUGUGUGUGUGUGUGUGUGUGUGUGUGUGUGUGUGUGUGUGUGUGUGUGUGUGUGUGUGUGUUCUGGUCCAUUUGAAAGCUCUCAUUGGUUUGCAUGCUGCAUGUAAGUUACCCAUUCCUUUUCGUUUUAAUGUUUGUUUUAUUGAUAUUCAUAUUCUUAAUAUACAGUAUAAUUGUGUAUUUAUUUACUUUAUUUUUUCUAUUUAUUUUGUACAGUUAAGUGAUUUGUUAAGUUAAGCAAUUUAUUUUAUUUUGUACAGUUAAGUAAUUAUUGACUCAUUGUAAAUAUAAGUGUUUAACUUCAAUUGUUAUGUGUGUCAUCACUUUUUAUUUUAUAUUCAAAAUUAAAUGGAUGAAAAUCC